GUUCGACCGACAGAUAUUCGGCAAGUAAGAUGGCGGCGAUUAAUGUGAAAGGCGAAACGUUGUCUUAUUUCUACUUGUAAAUAAAGAAAUCGGUACAUUUGAUGAUUUUACUGUUGCACAAAUGCAGAUAUAUUAAUGUAAAAGUGAAAUUUAUACAGUGAACAGUUGUGUAUGUUGUAAAAUUGAAGUGGCUUUAUUUCACAAUAGACAAAACCCGUCGCAGCGAGCACCGAAGGAGUCGAGGCCAUAUUUAUGAUGUUAUCUGUCGUGUGAGCGUCCUCCGAAACCACAUUGAUGAAUGUUUUGUUGAAAACUAAAGCGAUGGAGUGUAUUUUACGACUAAGAAUUUACUAAUAAACUCAAGAUGACAAUCAGUGCAUAAGUUCAGUGGUAAUAACACAUUUAGUGGCUAUGGAUGAAAGUGUGGAUUUCAAUUGACAUAUAAAUACAUUGAUACCAAACAAAACAUCACGGAGGUGGUAAUGGAUCCAGUAGGACCAUGGUCAGCAUAUGCUUCAUACAAUCGGUUAGCAGGGGUACAGGCUGGUGCUGCAAGUGGAGACUUUCAUCACCACCUAGCCAGUGGUGGUACAGGACUAGGCAGCCAGUCUGUGCCAUCUACAACAAGCCAGUUGCUACUACAAGCGGCACAUACUACGGCUUCAUUGGCAGGGCAACUUGGCUCAUCAACAGCAUCCCCUUUUAAUCCUGGGGGAUUUCUUUCUCCACCUGCCGUUGGCUAUGAUGCAGUGUUCUCGCCACUUUUUCACCAUGCAAAUCCUAAACCUGCACAUUAUAGCUCUUCUCUUCAGGCCCAACAUAGACAAGUAAUAGCUCAAGCCGUUGCUUCAAAACAGUCAUCAGUAGAAACAGAACUAUCUUCAUUACGAGAAAACUAUUCUCAUCAAACAUUAGCUGCACAAGGAACAUCAUUUUUUGAUCAAUCGUCAACACCAGGAAGUACAGCCAGUUUAAGUUGGCAAGGAAAUAAUCAACUUCCAAGUCCAUUUGGAAUAUUGCCUCAUGAGAGUGUUGUGCCAUCUUCGCCAAGUCCAGCUACAACGAAGGCAUCUGCAACAUAUGAGAAUUUUAAUGCACAUUUUGCUGCAGCACAAACACUCAACAAUCAUAUCAACUCACAAAUUUCAAGUACUGGUAAACAAACAAAUAGGUCUGGAUCACCAGCAACAGCAUCAAAACCAGCAUCUUCUACAUCAUCAUCAACAUUUUUUCAAUCUCCUUCAUCUUUUGGAAAUCAGACUGAUAACUCAUAUAGUGCAAGCAGUGCAAAGAGUGGUCAACUUUCAUCUCAGCAGGAUUAUGCUGGAAGUAAGUCUUAUUCAAGUUCUGCAAGUUCAACUUCUCAUUCCCAACAAUCGUGUAUUGUGUCAACUCCACCUGUAACCUCUUCCUCUACACCACCAAGCAAAGAUUAUCGUUCAACCACUAACACAACCUCCCGACCUUCACCUUCCAUUUACAAUUCCCAAUCACCUAAAAAUACCAGCACUGAAAAAUCUUCACGGCAGUCUUCAAAUAGUAGUAGUAGUAGUUUUGUAUCGCCCACAUCAAAACCACCUCAAGUGCAAACGAAAGCUCAGAGUAAAAUUUAUCCUGAACUAAAUAAUGAACAAAGAAAAAGUUGUGACUCUAAUGAUAAAUUGCAACCUCAGUCCUCGCCUAUAAGUUAUUCAAUUAUGGAUGCCCCAGGAAGAUUAAGCUACAGUAGUAGCAGUAUUAAUUCCUCUAAAUCAAAUCGUAUUGGAAGUACCCAAUAUUCUUCCUCCCAGGGUUCAAGUUUUAGACAUUAUCAAAGUGGAAAUAAUGUUGAAUCUGAUUAUCAUGUUCGAGCAAAAAGUAGUUCUAGUACUGAUACUGGUUAUUCCAGUAGCAGUUCUCAAAAUGGGCCUGAUUGUAGUGUGGUUAUAGCUAGAAGACAGAGUCCUUCACAUGCCCCGCCACAAACCUCUCCUAUUGGACAUGGUUCUAGUCCUGCUUACCCCAUGUACCAUAGUCCUAUGAAUUCUAUAAACUCCCCACAGCAACAUGGUGAUCAUUUCAAUAAAAUCAAUAAUUCUGCACCCAGAUCACCCUUGGAUGCUUCAAUAGCACGCCCUCCUUCACAAAAUAGCCAGGUAGCUUAUCCUUCUGUUAUAACUAGAGCUUUAGGUAUUGAUCAGAGUAAAACAUAUUCUGAAAAUAGAUUUGAACGUACACAAAGCCAGUCUUCCAGUCAAAGUUGUUGGGAAAACGAAAGACAGUCGUCUAGGAAAUUUUCUAAUACCAGUAGUAACAAUAAUACUUAUAAUAAUAAUACUUUAGCUGAAAGCAACAGUCAUAGUGAAGAAACUUCACAAACUCCAACCCACAGAACUUUGUCAGAGAAACAUCAAAACUAUUUUGAUGGUAAUAAUGUAGCUUUACAAGAUCUAUCCAGUUGCAGAGGUGACCCCAUGACUAUAGUAAAAAACUUGCAAAGUUUACAGCAAAGUUGUCAAUUACAAGAUACAAAAUCAAGUAAAAAUCAAACCCCAAUAUCAACUCCUUCAGCAUCUAGUAAAACUGUAACUCGAAGAAAGAGUACUGAAAAACCUGUCUCUCAUACAAAUAUGAAUGAAAUAUCAAAUGCAGUAAUGGCAGAUUAUCUAGCUAAUAGAAUUCCGCCACCGGCACAUAGUUCAACUAGUAAUCAACAACAAAAUGGUAGUUAUUUUGAUUUUGAAAGAUGGAACCUUCCACCUCCUCCACCUAAAAUGUUUCCUGGCACUUCUGCUUUUGGAUCCCAAGCUCCACUACAUGCAACAAAUUUUGCUAAUCAACACCAAGCACUAGCCAUGCCACAUGGCCACGCAUUAACAUAUUUCCCGCCCUUUCACCUAGGUCCCCAUCCUGAUUUCCAAUCUUCUGUGGAGUUAACACCAUUGUCAUCUUUUAGCGAGACUCCACCUUCGGCUUCCUCAUCAUCUUUUUCUACGCCUGAAACUCGUGAAGAGGAACAGCCUAAGGUGGUAGUACCUAAUAUAGAGGAAGAACUUGGUUUCCUUGCAGAACAACGGGCAAAUACUGCAUCAUCGGUAGCACCUACUUCACAGCAGCCGAAUCUAAACAGCACUUCACAAGACGCUACUACAAAAAUUAUGGAAAAAAAAUUCAAUGUCCCAGUCACGGGCCCCGGUUCAGGUUUCAUGGCUUCUUACUUGAAAUUUUUGCAAGGGGAGCGGGAUACAUCUCCUCCGCCGGCCGGUCGAGGCGCCAGAAAAUCGACAUGGUCGAGAACUACUACUAACAGUAAUACAAAUAACAAGGGGUACACACAAAAUGAUCAUACUAAAAGUCAGUGCGAUGCCAAUGCCACUCAGCAGAGCGCUAACGGCGCAAUGACGUCACCUAAUGUAAUAAACACAGGGAUGUCACUGAGUAAUCCAGCUAUGAGCUCUUCAACAAAUAUGAGCACAGCAGGCUUAUUAGGUGCUAACCAGAUUCAUGGAACGUCGACAAAUUUGCUCAGCUCACAAACGAAAGGUGUUGAAUUGGACGACCCUCGUUAUUAUAAUUUGAAUAAAGAUAGAAAACGUAAAUAUGAUGGGAGUGAGGAGUCUGCUUACGAUGCAGACGAAGAAGCGAGAAGGUUGAAUAAGCCAGUGCUCAAUGUGCCUAGUACGCCUUUAAAUGACAAAAGUAAGAAGGGUCGGACGACGAUGAAUAAGCCGACGCCUUCAGCAGUAGUGGCGCCUCAGCCGGCCGCGCCUAAGAAGCCACGACCGCCUGCGCCGCCGCCCGUGGCGACGCUUCAGGCAGCGCCACAUCAGCAAUACUAUUACCAACAACAGCCCGACGAAGCUACAACACAUGGGGCUAAUCUAGGAUAUGGGCUCGGGUACGGUGCUCAAGAAAGUGACAACAACGGGGAUAGAAAAUUACAUCAUAUCAAAUCUCACCAGCAGAUUUCCAAUACAGGGCAGCUUGAAAAUACUAGGCCAAUAGAAGAAAUGCCUUAUCAGUCCGGUGAAUUUGUUGCGAUAAAAACUGAACUGAAUGAGAUGUGGCCUUCUAUUUGGAGGGUAGAUGGUAAAACGUUGCUGCAAAAGUAUGAACCAUUCGAGGAAAAUGGAAAAGUAUUGUAUCGAAAUAUUUCCACUUAUGCGGCAUGGAAUCCGGAAAAUAAAAAACUGUAUACUCAAGUACCAGUAAAAGUUCGGUCACAGUCCCAUUUGGAGACAAUAGUAGAGUUAGUUAGAAGCGAAUUGCCAUUUGAUGAUUGUAAUUUUAUAGAGAAGAGAAUGCUGGAAACUCAAAUGUAUCAAGAAAAUUUUGAAGUCUAUAUACAGACUUUAAUAUCUCAUGCGUUGGAUCCGAAUUUCUUAACGGAAAUAUUUCAAGAGCAAGACGAAUAUUUCUUAUCGAAUGUGAAAACGGUGGACGAAGUGACGGAGAGGAUGCGCGGGCGCGUGUCGAGCGGCGCGGGCGGCACGGGUGGUGCUGCGGGCGCGGGGGGCGCGGGCGCGGCGGCUGGUGCGCGGGCGCUGGACGCGGCGGUGGGCACGUGGCCCGGACUCAGCGUGGCGGCGGGCGCCGGCGUGUGCCGCGCCUGCUCGCGAGCCGCCGUCGCGCGCCUGCUGCUCUACGGCCAGCCCUACAACCCCGCCACGCUGGAGCCCGUCCAGCCCGAUGCGAGGCUCGCUUACGAGAAAGAAUUUCUCGUAUGCGGGACAUGUUGCGGUCGUGUACAAUUAUAUUCAAGAAUAUCACAUCAGAAGUAUCUAAUGUAUGCUGAAUGUAGUAAACGAGUGGCUGAGAAGAGAAUGCAAAACCCCAAUAAAGAUACUACUGUAAUACUAAAUGAAUUAUUAGCAGAUGAAGUAUGGUUGUCCCAGCUGUUCCGUGAUGUUCGUCACUCGUGGGCGGAGGCAGAAGCGUGGGAACGUAAGUUACGCCAGCAACCGGCCAGGCAUCUCGUAUAACCCGCACCAGUAGAUGUGCGACGCUAUAUUUACGGACUACUUUUUAAUUUGAUUUUGAUACCUGUGAAAUACGUGCUGUAUGUAUGUAAUUCUUUUUGUAUCUUAGUAUACUUUGUACUAGCAUUUAAAAAUAAAAUAUCAGGGGGCAGGAUCUAUUAGCUAUAGGCACACAUCACAUUUCUAUUAGAUAUUAUUUUUUAUAUAUAAUUUUUGUCAUCGAAUUUUAUUGGCUGUUACUUAGUAUCAGUUAUUUAUGUCGAUACUCCGGUGCCAUUUAUAUACUAUUUCGUGAAAAAUAUAGCCUUGGCCAAAAUUAACUACUACCUUAGAAAUUUACAAUUAACUUAAAAAUUCUUACGGUUGGAGGGGGGAAAAACCAUGUUUUUAAAAUACUUUUAAUGCUAAAAUUACAUUAAUAUUUCGUAUCGAAACCUUUACCUUUAAUUACAGAAUUUAUUCUUUUGGGUAAAGAGGAAAUUAAAUUGUUACAUUCUUCUAGAGUUAUGGCAUUCCACUUCUGUAUAAAAAAUUUAAGUUUGGAAGUAAUCAAAUGUUCCUUUAUCUUGUGCAAGAUUUACGGUCGAUUUUUAAAAUCGACCACAAAUGUUCAAUAGGGUUAAGACCCGGUUACUGAGGUGGCCAACAUAAAAGCUUUAUACUAUUUUUCUCAAACCAACUCAUAGUGGUUCUGGAUUAAUGGCAUGGGGCAUUGUCCUGUUGGAAAAGGAGGCCAUCUAUGUUCGUAUUACCGAACAUCAUAACAUCAUAUCAAUAUCAUAAUAAGGGUAACAGCGCUAUUUCCAGCACCUCGGUAUAUUUUUUCGAAUCCAUUCGGCCUUCACACACGACCAUUUUUCCAAUUCCUGAGACAGAGAUGCAGCCCCAGACAAUAACACUGCUUCCACCAUGUUUUACAGUUAGCGCCACACACUCCAGUAUGAAUUCUUCGCCAACUCUGUUUUUCACGUAGGUGGCAUUUGCAGUACCAAAUACCUGAAAUUUAAUAACAUAAUAAGAUUUUUGAAAAUACGCUUGUUAUUUAAUGAUUAACUUCAAUAUAUUCCAAACGUCUUUAAUUAAUGUUAAAUCAUUUAAAUGACAUACCUUAAAAUUGGAUUCAUCCGACGAAACGAUAUUCGCCCAAUCUUCCUCGGUGUAUGUUAAUGUUCUAAACACCACUGUAAACCUAACUUCUCAGACAACCAUGACUCCUUCUUUACCUUGCAACCCUUGAGUUCAGCAUCCUGUAGCCUUCUUCUAGCAGUUCUAGCAGAAAUAUUUUGAUUUUAGGGUGGCAAAUAAUUUUGGCCAAGGCUGUAUAAUGUACAUUGUAUGGGUCAUAGUAACAUUUUUUGUUGUUCCUUGUUUUAUGUGCUUAGAGUAACAUCAAAUGUUCUAUGAUUUGAAAAAAUAAGUAUGCCAGGUCUGAUUGAUUUUUAAGAAAUGUCUUGGAAACAACAGCCAAAAUUAAUAAAAAUAUUUCAAACAUAAUAAAUACAAAGUAAUAAUAGUGGGGAGCAAUAUAAUUAAAUUAGAAAGCCUUAGUUAUGUCGUAAUAAAAAUUCGAGUAUAAUAUUUUCGAUAUUGUGAUGAAACUAUUCCACUAUUAUUUUUAUUGUAAAUAACUAUGAUAUUAUUGUGCAAUGCCUAAUGGUGUUUUCUUUUGAAAUUGAUAACAUUGUAAAUGUAGCAUUAUUAUAUUAAACGAUUUUAUAGAUAUUUUGUAUUAGCAAUGAUCUUUUAUUUGUGACUAUGACCAUGUACAGAAUUGUAUAGAAAUAAAUAAAUUGCGAGGCAAAUAGUUCCUUUUUGACUUAGUCAAGUUUUUCUUCAGGGCCAAUAUUUAUUAAAUAUGAGGAGAGUAAUUACUAAAAUGCUUAACAAAACCAUUUAUUUAAUAUUUUCUUAUAUUGUUCAUGUUCACUUUGGUGAUUAUUUCCCCAUAGUUUUAUAAGAAGCAACUAAUAUUGUGUACGUACAAGUUUUUCAGUAAUUGCCACAAUAUGGAUUAAAAUAUAUGUUAAGAACGCCUAUUACAGAAACAAAUAGGUACCUGUAUUAACCUAUUUCAUGAAUAGAUUGCAUUUGCCUUUUCAUAAGGAAUUAUAAUACUUAUCACUAUAACUAGUUUCUGCUAAAACUGCAUUAUUUCAUCGGUCGGAUUAAAAAUAAAUAUGAUACUUUAAAUGGCAAACAAUUAUUUCAUUGAUUUUUUUGUUAAAAAAAAGUUAAUACAAGUAAGAGACGUUAUUUGCUUCCUAUGACUUUUUAUGUAUAUUUUUCUUCGGUCCGUAAAAUUAGUGUUACAAAAUACCGAGACAAUUGAUGGACAUAUUAAAUUUCACAUUCCUGCAGAUAUGAAUCUUGUCCCGUCUCAUGAAAAUGAUAAUUCCUUAGUAUUGUAUAUACUAAGACUAUAUUUGCCCUUAUAAAGCGAACAAAAUGUAACGAUGUUAUAUUUCUACUAUGGAAAUAAGUACAGUACGAGAAGAUAUUUUGUAUAAUUGCUUUAGGUUGUAUAGGUUAACAUUACUACAUCGUAUAGUUUAUAAUCCUAAGUAGUCAUGUAGCAUUGUAAAAAAUAACAGGUUCUAUCUGGUAAUUAAAGUUGAAGAAAACUUUAUUUAUUUUGUUCAGAUUGGACAGGACUUGGUCGAAUUCGUUUGACACAAUUUUUUAUUGUAAGACAUCUUAAUAAAUGGCAAUUUCAUUGA